AUGGCGGUGGCAUGGGUGGCUGAGCCCUCUAGGGUCUGCAAUGGGCGGGGGGGACCCUCAGCCACACCCCCCGCCCAUGCCCGAUGCCUGGGCCCGGGAGGCUCCGUGCCCACCCUGUCCAGCCCAACCACCAGGGCUCCAAGGGUGAAGGAGGUGAGGCUGGAGGAGGAGGGAGAGUCCUUAUCCCAGGUGGAGCCAGGAGUCCUGGCUCCCAGAGGCCCCUGGGCCACAGCCCAACAGGCUGGGCCACAUUCCAACUGUAUUAACCCUUUUGAUGCCAAGGCUCCUCACAGCCCUCCAUCCAGUGUCAAAGGGGAGGAGAACCUCCCUGACCAAAAUGCCCAUUCCCCAGCUGCUCCGGGGCUGGAGCUCCGCACCCCCUGCCCGGCUUUUAGGAGCGCCUAUAUACCCUCCUUGGGUCGAUUGGAGCCCCCCCAAAGUCGGGAGACCCCUUCCCGCUUAAGCGCCCAAGAGGCAGCCUUCCCAGACCACCGCUGCUCCCCUCUCCCGCUUGCCAGCCGGGCUCCCGGAAGCGGAGCAAGGGGCGGGGGCUUCAGCUGGAGCCGGAGUGGGGCGGGCGGGAGCCGGACGCGACCGGAGCGUCCCCGCAAACCGGGGCAGCAGGUGAGAGCCGGGCAGCGAGCAGAAGGGGCCGGGGAAGUGUUGGAAGAGCGGGUCGGCAGUCUCCGGAGACAAGACUCCUACCUGACUGGUCCCUCCGGUUGGGGCUCGGGGACCUACGGGGAGGCUUGUCAGGAGAGGGCGUGGAGCCGUUUCCUGGCUGCCUACCCACCCAGGCCCUUGGCAGUGCCAGCUGGGCUCUGGGUGUGA